AGCACCGGAGGUUAUCCUAGGAGUACCCUAUGGUACACCCUUGGACAUGUGGGCGGCUGGAUGCACGCUGUAUGAGCUAUACACGGGCACCAUUCUCUUCCCAGGCAAGACCAACAACGACAUGCUGAGGCUGCAAAUGGAGCUCAAGGGCAAAGUGUCCUCUAAGAUCAUCCGUAAAGCCGCCAUCAGGAAUGAAUAUUUCGAUGAGAAUAUGAACUUCCUGUACCAGGACGUCGACGCGGUGACUGGAAACGAUGUGAUUAAGGAGAUUGCCCAUAUAAAACCUGCCAAAACGAUCCAUCAAUUGUUGGAGGGUCGUUUGGAACUGUCGCCGUAUGAGCAGGAGUGGGAAUCGUUGUUCGCCGAUGUUCUCGAGCGUAUGCUGAUGACUGACCCAGACAAGCGCAUCACCGUGUCCGAGGCGUUGAGACACAA